CGCCGCCAUGAUGCCCCCGCCGCUUCCCCGCUUUCGCUUUCGCUUCCCGCUCCGCCUCUCCGGGUCGCCGCUCCCCGCCCCGGCUCCCGGCGCUGAGAGGGAGACGGACGCUGGUUAAUGGGGAUCCUCCAGAGUUGCAGUGCAGAGAGCUCCACACUGAAGAGCGGUUCAGGUAAGCGUUCUGCCGCCUGCCCAGCGCGUUCCUGCGUUUCAGGUGAAAAUUGCUGCAGCUACAGCCAGCAAACGGGAAAACCUCAACGUGGAAUAGCCAGAAGCCACCUGAAAUGGCCAAGCAUGGUAAUGGAUGAGGACACCUUGGUGAUCCCCAUCAAUAAAGAUGCCUAUGAAGCUCUGGAGAAAAGAGAGAACUGUCUAAGUAAUCUCAUUUACAAAAAGGUUGCUUGUACAUUGACCUUCAAAAGUACAAAAUGCACUGUUGAAGUAUACAGGAAAAAACUAAAGCAAGGAAUUGACAUUUGCGUUUGUAAGGAUGAUCUCACAAGACACAAGGCCGAUGCUGUGGUGAAUGCAGCCAAUAAAUGUCUAGAUCAUCAAGGAGGCCUUGCAUUAGCCCUUGUGAAUGCUGGAGGGCCAGAAAUACAAGAGCAAAGCAAUCUUCAUAUUCAAAGGUUUGGAAAACUCGCAACUGGCCAAAUAGCAGUGACAGGUGGAGGGAAGCUUCCUUGUAAGAAAAUUAUUCAUGCAGUUGGUCCAAUAUGGUUGGCUAUUGAAAAGGAAAGAUGUUGUCACCUACUUCAGGAAGCUAUAGUGAAUGUUCUGAAGUACGUUAGUGCUCCGGAAAAUGAUAUAAAGUCUGUGGCUAUCCCAGCAGUGAGUUCAGGUGUUUUUGGCUUCCCACUCAAUUUGUGUGCUCAAGUGAUUGUAACGACUAUAAAGGAAUUUGUUGAAGCGAGUCCACCAAGCUGCCUCAGGGAAAUCCGCCUGGUGAACAUUUGUGAAGCUACCGUUGCAGAAAUGAAGAAGGCCUGUGAAAAGUUUCUGGGCGAUACCAGUUCACUUCAGGAAACUCUUACACAUCAGGAAGCUCUUUCAGCUUCACCAAGCCAGCCUUCAGCUUUCAUCAAACUUGGAGGCGUUCGCUUGCGCAUGGUAAGAGGACUCCUUGAAGAGCAGAAGACUACAGCUAUUGUUAAUUCUGUGUCUGUGAAUGGUGACGUUUCCUCUCCAGUUUCAAAAGUGCUGCUGCAAAAAGCGGGUUCAGCUCUUCAGGAUGAACUUCAGUUUCAUCUUACACAUUCUUCGUUAUAUAAACCACUCAUAGUAACAAAAGGGUAUAACUUGCCCUGUGAGCUUGUGCUGCACGUUGUAUGGCCGCCACACCACCACAGCGUGAUACUGUGUGAGGAAUUAAAAGCUGCAGUGACAAGAUGCCUGUGUUACUUUCGGGACUGUGCCUCUCCCUCAGUUUCUUUUACACCAAAUGGGAUUUGGUCGUUAAUGCUGCCUGUUCAUACAGUGGCAGAGAUCAUGAUCGAAGAGGUUUUAAAUUUUGCCAGGGCACACCCUAAGCAGAAGAUGGAGGUGCAGUUUGUCUUUUGCCCGGAUGACUACAUUGCCUAUCAGGUUUUCCAGGGAAAAAUUUUUUCAGCAGCACACAAACUGGGAGGAACGCAAUAUUACAAAAGAAGUGAUCUUUUGAGUACAGAGUCAAGCAGUCAAAGUGUAAAAGAGACUGCAAAUAAUGAACCAGCUAUUGAACUUAGAGGGAACACAAGUACAGCACUGGAAGCAGCAAAAUUGUGGAUCCAAAGCGUGGUGCAAAUUCAGGAAAGCCACCGUGCUGUUAUUGAAAACAACUACAUUUUUAGCCUCGGUAAAAAAGAGUUUGCAGAAUUAUCUCGAGAGCGGCAUCCCAGUGUAAGUGUAUCAGAAAAAGUGGUAGGUGGACAAGCAAGGCUGGAAUUUCAGGGCCCCCCUGACGCUGUGAUUGAUGCAGUGCUCACAACUGAAAAAUUACUGCUUCGUAUGCAAGAGGAGACUACAGCCAAACAAGAGGAACUGCUUUGCUUAAUGGGCCAACCAGAAGCAGAUCAGCUUGCAGAAGGACACCUUCACAAGACAAAUACUACUAAAUGCACCCAGAUUUCACUGGUGGAAUCACACCUUCAGGAGUUUAAAGACAGACAGAAACAGUUUGAAAAAGCUGGGCUUCGUGUUCUCAAGAUUGAAAAGAUACAUAGUCCUCUUCUAUCUGCUGCAUUCCAACAAAUGAAAAAACAAAUACAGCAAAACCAAGGCACCUCCAAAAUAACCCACAAGUUGUACCAGGGCGUUCCUGCUCAGUUCUGUGGCUUGGUGUGCCAGACUGGAUUUCACAGGAUGUAUUCUCCACCAGCAAAACAAGAAUAUGGAGCUGGCAUCUACUUUAAAAGGAACCUGAAAAGCCUCAUCGAGGGUAAAGAUAUGUGGGAAACAGACUCUAAAAUGUACGUGUUUGAGGCUGAUGUACUGACAGGCUUAUACACUAAAGGGAAGCCUUCCUAUAUCAUUCCACCGGCAGUGGAGGGGGAUGCCAUUAAGGUAUAUGACAGCUUAGUAGAUGAUGUAAGCAAUCCUGACACCUUUGUCAUUUUCAACAGUAUUGCGGCCCUUCCACAAUAUCUGCUGACUUGUUCCCCGGUGAGGGAGAGGUAUAGGGCCCCUGCGGAAACCAGCAGCAUCCUGAGUAAGAAUUAAUCAAUCAGAACUGUAGCUAUCGUGAAGACCCCCUCAGAACAAAGGCUAGUACUUAGAUUUUAAGAGGAUGCUCUACCCAGUAACAUGCUGUGAUCAAAGUGCCUCAGGUAAAGUGCCCUGCAAUAGCCGUGAACAAAAAACACUAGUCAGUACCUUAAGGAGAUGAGAAAAAAAUUAUCUGUGAAACAGAAAGGAAAGCAUCACAAAAUACAGUUUAGCAUUUAUCCGGUCAUUUACUUUAUGCCUUAAAACAUUCGGAGCAUGUGACUAUACACCUGAUGUUUGCGUAGGUUGUCAUUCUUCGUUACGUUUUCUUAACCUGAAAUACUGCAUAUGUUAGUGAACCCAAGAAACCUUGGUUGUGCCUUUGACUCUUACGUUUUCUUCUGACUUAAAUAGGUGAAUCUAUCAGGUGAAAGCUGUUUCCCACUUAGGGACAUGCUAUUAAAUACACAGUUAUGACAAAUGUGAGGCAAUACUUCUAAUUUGAUUUCUAUAUUUCUAUUUCUAGAUUUCUAAUUUAGUAGAUUUCUAAUAGUAGCUGCUGUUACCGUUUUUAUCAGUUAAGAGAUUCCAAGCAUUGUAGAUACAUGUAUUCAAAAUAAAAAGUGUGAAUGACACUGUCAGCUAACCUGUUGUUUUUCCAUACAGUCUUAAGAACAUGACUUGGACUGUAUUUGAGCAUCAGAUUUCUCAGUGGUGUUCAAUCUCUUUGAAAGGCUACAAAAUAGUAGAGAACUGGUUCAAAGUACAACUUGAAAUUGCUCUUCGAUUAAUCUACCUUUACCAAUAUCUUUUAAAGAUGACAGUAUCAGCCUUGUAGCCAGGUGUCCCCACAUUGCUUCUGUAGUGACCUGAAGGCAGUAAACGGAAAAAGCCGAAGAGCUAUUCUACUCCUUUCAAUGUAAGAGGGAAUUCAGUCCAGCUCUCAGGUACUGUGAAACUUUCUGUACUAAAGCCUGAAACUAUGUCUGAUGUUAGCAGGGUUUAAAACAAAUCUACUACCCCAAAGCGACUACCAGAUUUGUCCAAUCUGAAGCAUUUAAAAGCAGUAGUUAUGGCCCAAACUAAGCACCUAAAGGGCUUAUAACAGUGCUGUAAUACAGAAAUAAAGGCUCAUCUGUCAAUAUCAGGUCUGCUUCUAGAUUGAAAAGUCACCUAUUAUUAAAAGUG